AUGAAAUCUCGAGAGGCACUACUAAACUUGGCAACUUUGGAUAUCAUUAUUCCAAAUGGAAUUCUAAAUUUUACUGAAGAAAAUAUCGAUAAUAUAUUAAACAAAAAGUCUAGAGCUAUAACAUUUUAUGAUGAACUCCUCCGUUUUUAUCUAUCGAUCAGUCUUUCUCAUGAUUCUGGUAUAUCUGAUCUAUUUACAGCAAAAGCAUUUUUUCAACAAUUAGAAAUAAAUGUUGAGGCAUCUAUGGUUGAUGCGAGCAAUUUAUCUGUACCUGCUCCUGCUGCUCAAUCUAUAUACCGUAAUCCUCCGGGAAAAUCGCGAUCUAGUUCUGCUACUACUUCUCCCUCAAUACCUGGAACUCCUAUAUGUUCUUCCGUUUAUAAGAAUUUAAACAAACCAUCUGAAGGAACUAUCAUCUAUUCAAAUACUUAUAACUUGAGUCUCGAUGAUCGAAAUAUGGUGGUUACAAAGCGUAAAGGUUGUUGGAUUUGUGUUAUUCCUUUAACUGCUCCUAUAGUCUUUGCUCAAACACGCGCUCACAGUCCGGCAUUAUCACUAAAUGUAUCAACUUCACUGUUACCUUUGAUCGACGAAGUUUCAAAACAAGUAAUAAUAUCUCCUCGAUCGGAAUUGUAUGCUGCGCAUCAUUUCGGCAAGACGAAUUUAUUAGCUGGUCUAAAUGAUGAUCCUGCAUUUGAAAAUUCUCCUGUAAUAUGUAAAAUACAAUCUGCGAAUUUACCAGGAAUAUACAAUGAACCAAAACGAAGUAUAUACCCGGCUGUACAACCCGUGAAACGUAAUUGUCGAAAAAUGUUGAAUGUUAAAACCGCGUUAAACGUACAAUUACGAACAACUAACGUGUCACCAUCGGAAAAUACCAUAUUGGUUUCCGUUGUAUUGGCAAAUAAUAAUGUCGAAAAAACUGGUUCGUUUAUUGUGGAUUCGAUAAAAAUGAAUAUUCCUCAUGGCUUCGUAACAAAAUACGAAUGGACGCAUAAAAAUGAGGCUAAUGAAUUCCCGAUGACAUUACAUCCAGUUGAUCAGGCCACAUUUCUUUACUACGUCACAAUACUCGAAAAACCUCCCUUACCUAAACCUGAUCCACCACAGCAUUGUCCUACUCCAAGUCCAAAUUCUUGCGUAUCGUCUCGUCGAAAUUCCGUUGCGUCCAUUUUUUCAAACACCUCAUUCGAACCGCCACUUCCUUCCGAUGAAGAUCAACAACGUCCUCUUUCCGUAAUAAUAAAAGGCUCUCCCAUAUUCGAGGGUGAGAAAUUACCAUGUAUAGAAUCUGAAUGGAACUGCUUACUAGAUUUAUCUAGUUUAUUAAACCAUGUUGAUUCAUUAUCUCCUAAUAAAUUAAAUCGAUCAAAUCAACGAACAUUAUCAUUAACUUCGAAAUUUAGAAGUCCUUCAUCUGCUUCUUCUUUAUCUUCAAGAAGUUCUUUGUAUUUGCCAACGGGCAUUAAUACUCCUACCGUUACAAGGAGUUUCUAUUCAGCUAUGAUGAAUGGUUAUAUAAAUAAACAAAUAAGUAUUAUACAAGAUAAUGAUUCCUUAUACAGUAUUAAUGGUAUACUUUCGGGUGGAAGAACUCCAAUGUUACAGAAUUCUACUGCUUCAAAUAUUGAAAAUAGUGUCGUUAUGUCUUUUUUUGUAAAUACAAACAUAGUCGUUGGUCAGGUCUUUACAAUACAAGUUCAUGUUGUAAACAAGUCAUCCCAUGUUCAAAACUUGGCAAUAAUGGUUCCUAAUAAAAAGAGACCUAAUGAAUCUCAGAUAGAACCUUUUAUGGAAGAAACAGAAUUCCUAAAAAAAUACUUUGAUGUUGAAACACCUGAAGCAGAUAUAGUUUGUCUAGAAAAUAAUGUUCGAGUAGGUCCUUUAAAUCCUUCGUCCUCAGAAUAUGUAACAUUACAUUUUAUAGCAGUAAAAGAAUCUCUAAAUGUAAUAGAACUGAUACAAGUGGUAAAUACUGAUACAGGGUUCAUAACUAAUCUAAGAAACGUUUUGGAAAUACUAGUUUCAAAAUCUUUACCACCUAAAAACGAUAAUAAAUUUUCCGAUGUGAUAAUGAAGAAACAAGUAAUAAUUGCUGAGUAG